CGCCCCCCUCCCCGUCAUGCCGGCUACACCCUUCCUUAUUUAAAAAACGAGCCCAUAUAUCUAGCCACCACCUGUCGUGACACGUCUCUUUCUCCCAAUACACCGACAAGUUUUUCCUCACAAAACUCGCGGAACGACUUCAAGAAAACUUUUUGGCUCCCCCUUCUUAUCGGGAUCCGUUCCGACAGUCUUGCGCAAAUGUCCGAGUCAACUCUCGUCGGAACCAGGUCCGGACAGGGUUCCAACAACACAAACGCGACGCUUGGAGGUGAUGUCCCAGGGCUCUCCGAAACAUUACAGGGACAUGUCGACGAUAUCCGCGCGCUCUUACAAUGUGGCAUUUGCAUAAGGCCACUGUACGAACCCUUCACCCUUGCCUGUGGACACUCAUUUUGCUAUAGUUGUUUAACGUCAUGGUUUGCUGGCGGGAGAUCCAAUAAAACAUGCCCCGACUGCCGAGCUCCGGUUAAAACACCACCUGCCCCUGCAUACUUGAUCCGUGCUGUUGUCCAACUAUUCACGAGUCGUGCAGAGCUUUUAGAAAAGGGAGAGACGACGGCCGAGCAUACGCGCCAUCAACGUGAGGAAGCUGAAAAGUUGGAAAACGAUAAGAAGAACACACAUCCCAAAGUGGGCGGGUUAUUCCGCGGCGCAUUCAACAAAAAACUCCCCGUCGCGCAGCCCAUCGUUGACCUGGAGGAUAAUGUCAUUCGCUGCCCGCGCUGUUCAUGGGAAUUGGAAGACUCAAAUUGCGCACAGUGUGGAUACCGACGAGAUGAAUGGGCUAUUACAGAUACAUCAGACGUAUCAGAUGCAUCAGAUGCAUCAGAUUCAACCGAUUCACGUUCAACCGUUUCAAUUUUAACCGAUUCAGAGGAGAAUUCUGAGAUGACGGACUACUUGGAUGACGAACUCGAAGAUGGAUUCGGCGAAUUAGACGAUUUCAAUUGGAACGGUUUCCAGAAUGGGGUUCAUAUUCAGGGAAGAAUUGAAGUUAUUCCCCGUCAUUUAUACAACAUAAUUCACAAUUAUCAUCAGCACCAUCCCCCACACCGCCAUGUCUUUGCGCACAAUGGCCACAUCGAUGACACGUCUUCAACUGCUCAUGACACCGAAGAGACUGACGACUACUCGGAAGACACAGACAUGGACUCGUUUAUUGAUGACGAUGAACAUAUCGACCAGGAUCACGAUUCGGAAUCGGACAGAUCUACGGUAGUUGGAGGUCCCGAAACGCGAUACUUGCCAGAUCAAUAUCAAGUCCAGUUGAGCUCAGAGAUGACCAUGCCUCUGGCCGACGACUGUACCGAUGAUGAUCUGAGUAGCUUAGACGAGAUCCCAGAUAGCGAAGAGGAUGACGAGGAUGACGAGGAUGAAGAUGAUGAAGAUGAUGAAGAUGAUGAGCCUAUCCGCCCUCCCGUAAGCGGAAAUCGGCGCCGCGUAUUCCCAGCCUCUAAUGGGGCUUCAAAUUCGCCUGUCCUCUCGAGUCGAGCUCCGCGAGCUCCGAACGUGGAUCCCUACGCGAUGCGCCGGCAGGCAUCACGUAGUCAAACUACAAACACGGCAGGAACUUCCGCCUCGAAUGCAAUAACUCUAGACGAUGAUUCUGACGAAGGCCCAGUUCGACCGUUCCGAAGGAAUUGUCGGCAUGGCGCUCGUUAACACUCGUUACCCUUACAUUAGAUACGAUUUGACCAUAAUCCCGGAUGAUCUUCAAGGUGGAUCUUAUAGGACUCGUUAUCUAUAGCUUCUUUUAAGGGCAGAUAGAGACAGGUCGGACAAAGGAACAGGCUGCAUGGAUUAGUGCGGCUAC